AUGCAUCGUGUUGGUGCCGACGAUGCAGAGCUUGAGUAUACCAACGAGGUACACAGAUACCUCAACCGGACUUGUCCCCAUCUUCUUUCCAGUAACAAUCCUCCUUCCGAGAUAGAAGCCAAUAACAUCGAAUCUUUCAUUCACGACGCUCAGUCUGAAUUACAGGAAGCGGACGAGGAAAUCUUAUCCCUACAAAAAGCGAUGAAACUGGCCAAGGAAAAGCGUUCUUGCAUCGCUCGUACCAUUGCCGCCCCUCGAGCAAUCCUUUCAUCUAUCCGCCGUGUCCCUCCAGAGAUCUUGACACUUAUCUUCGCAUGGGCCAUGCCCACCAAGGUGUACCACGUUUUUGAUGUCAAGGGUGCACCGUGGGUGCUAGGACAAAUCUGCCGUCGCUGGCGAGCCGCAGCGUUAUCAUUCACGGCUCUCUGG